AACGUCAGGCCCCCACCCCAGCCUUCUUUUCUUUUUCCCCUUCCUGCAAAAGCGGCACAAGUCUUCCAGCCCCCUCCCCUUCCCCACCAGCCCUUCUUAGGGCUCUGGGCAAAAGCCAGGUUAAGUCCAUUUGCACUGGGAAAUUGGCGCUGUUUGGGCGACGAGAAACAGAUCGAUUGCCCUUGUGACUCCCAGCCCCCCCCACUCCACCCCCACAGGCUCCCUCCCUCUUCCCUCCCGGCCACCUCCCCUCACCCCGCCUCCUUCCCGCUCCCCACCCCCAAACCUCUCGCCCGCGGCAGUCCGGUGCGAGGCCCCCUCCGGAAGGUGAGGGGAAAGGACUGCACUCCGGUGGGGAGAGCGGGUGUCUGGAAGUGGUGCUAAUGGGAAGCGAUUUCUGGCUUCCAGAGAGGAUGCUCUGCCACAAAGAGCGGCUGGCGCGCUGGCCUGGGCUCUAGCCCCGCGGAGAUCCCGGGAGAACUCCGGAGCUGGGAGAGCUCCUCGGAAGACCCGGUCACCAUGCCUGUUCGCAGGGGGCAUGUGGCACCACAAAACACAUUUUUGGGGACCAUCAUACGGAAAUUUGAAGGGCAAAAUAAAAAAUUUAUCAUUGCAAAUGCCAGAGUACAGAACUGUGCCAUCAUCUACUGCAAUGAUGGAUUCUGUGAGAUGACUGGUUUCUCCAGGCCAGAUGUCAUGCAAAAGCCGUGCACCUGUGACUUUCUUCAUGGACCUGAGACCAAGAGGCACGAUGUUGCCCAGAUUGCCCAGGCCUUGCUGGGUUCUGAGGAGAGGAAAGUGGAAGUCACCUACUAUCACAAAAAUGGGUCUACUUUCAUUUGUAACACUCACAUAAUUCCCGUGAAAAACCAAGAGGGUGUGGCUAUGAUGUUCAUCAUUAAUUUCGAAUAUGUGACGGACGAGGAAAAUGCUGCUUCCCCACAGAGGGUAAACCCAAUAUUACCAGUCAAAACUGUAAACCGGAAACUUUUUGGGUUCAAGUUCCCUGGUCUGAGAGUUCUGUCUUACAGAAAGCAGUCCCUACCCCAAGAGGACCCUGACGUGGUCGUAAUUGAUUCAUCUAAACACAGUGAUGAUUCCGUGGCCAUGAAGCACUUUAAGUCUCCUACAAAGGAAAGCUGCAGUCCUUCUGAAGCAGAUGACACAAAAGCCUUGAUACAGCCCAGCAAAUGUUCUCCCCUGGUGAAUAUAUCUGGACCUCUUGACCAUUCCUCUCCCAAAAGGCAAUGGGACCGACUCUACCCUGAUAUGCUGCAAUCAAGUUCCCAACUGACCCACUCCAGAUCAAGAGAAAGCCUCUGCAGUAUCAGAAGGGCAUCUUCAGUCCAUGACAUGGAGGGAUUCAGUGCUCACCCCAAGAACAUAUUUAGAGACCGACAUGCCAGUGAAGACAAUGGUCGCAAUGUCAAAGUUUCACGUUCCUGGAUGGCAGGGGGACCUUUUAAUCACAUCAAGUCAAGCCUCCUGGGAUCCACAUCGGAUUCAAACCUCAACAAAUACAGCACCAUUAACAAGAUUCCACAGCUCACUCUGAAUUUUUCAGAUGUCAAAACUGAAAAAAAGAAUACAUCCCCUCCUUCUUCAGAUAAAACUAUUAUUGCACCCAAAGUUAAAGAUCGAACCCACAAUGUGACAGAGAAAGUCACCCAGGUUCUUUCUUUGGGAGCAGAUGUCCUGCCAGAAUAUAAACUGCAGACACCACGCAUCAACAAAUUUACAAUAUUGCACUACAGCCCCUUCAAGGCAGUCUGGGACUGGCUUAUUCUCCUCUUGGUUAUAUACACCGCGAUAUUCACACCCUACUCUGCAGCCUUUCUCCUCAAUGACAGAGAAGAACAGAAAAGACGAGAAUGUGGCUAUUCUUGUAGCCCUUUGAAUGUGGUAGACUUGAUUGUGGAUAUUAUGUUUAUCAUAGAUAUUCUAAUAAAUUUUAGAACAACAUAUGUAAAUCAGAAUGAAGAAGUGGUAAGUGACCCUGCCAAAAUAGCAAUCCACUACUUCAAAGGCUGGUUCCUGAUUGACAUGGUUGCUGCCAUCCCUUUUGACUUGCUGAUUUUUGGAUCAGGUUCAGAUGAGACAACCACAUUAAUUGGUCUUUUGAAGACUGCUCGACUCCUUCGUCUUGUGCGAGUGGCCAGGAAACUGGAUCGAUACUCAGAAUAUGGUGCUGCUGUCCUCAUGCUCUUAAUGUGCAUAUUUGCCCUGAUUGCUCACUGGCUGGCUUGCAUUUGGUAUGCGAUUGGGAAUGUAGAAAGGCCAUAUCUGACAGACAAAAUUGGAUGGUUGGACUCCUUAGGACAACAAAUUGGGAAACGUUACAAUGACAGUGACUCCAGUUCUGGACCAUCCAUUAAAGACAAAUACGUCACAGCACUUUAUUUUACCUUCAGCAGUUUAACAAGUGUAGGAUUUGGAAAUGUGUCUCCUAACACCAAUUCGGAGAAAAUCUUUUCAAUUUGUGUCAUGUUGAUUGGCUCACUAAUGUAUGCAAGCAUUUUUGGAAAUGUUUCUGCAAUUAUCCAAAGACUUUACUCGGGAACUGCCAGGUACCAUAUGCAGAUGCUGAGAGUAAAAGAGUUCAUUCGCUUUCACCAAAUCCCCAAUCCUCUACGGCAACGGCUCGAAGAAUAUUUCCAGCAUGCGUGGACUUACACCAAUGGCAUUGACAUGAACAUGGUCCUAAAGGGUUUCCCAGAAUGCUUACAAGCUGACAUUUGUCUACAUCUCAACCAAACUUUGCUGCAAAACUGCAAAGCCUUUCGAGGGGCAAGUAAAGGUUGCCUUAGAGCCCUGGCAAUGAAGUUCAAGACGACGCAUGCGCCUCCAGGAGACACCCUUGUUCAUUGCGGUGAUGUCCUAACCGCGCUGUAUUUCUUAUCGCGGGGCUCCAUUGAAAUCCUCAAAGAUGACAUAGUGGUAGCUAUUCUGGGAAAAAAUGAUAUAUUUGGAGAAAUGGUUCAUCUGUAUGCCAAACCUGGCAAGUCUAAUGCAGAUGUAAGAGCUCUCACAUAUUGUGACUUGCAUAAGAUUCAGCGGGAAGACUUGCUAGAAGUCUUGGAUAUGUAUCCAGAGUUUUCUGAUCACUUUCUAACAAACCUAGAGUUGACUUUCAACCUAAGGCAUGAAAGUGCAAAGUCUGAUCUCUUACUACGAUCACAAUCCGUGAACGAUUCCGAAGGAGAUGACUGUAAACUACGAAGGAGGAGACUGUCCUUUGAAAGUGAAGGAGACAAAGAUUUUGGCAAAGAAGACAGUACAAAUGAUCCUGAAGAUUCUGCAGGUACCAUAAGACAUUAUCAGAGUUCCAAGAAACACUUUGAAGAGAAAAAAAGUAGAUCCUCAUCUUUCAUCUCCUCCAUUGAUGAUGAGCAGAAGCCACUCUUUGCAGGAACAGUAGAUUCUACUUCAAGAUUAGGGAAAGCAUCUGGGCUUCAUUUUGAAGAAACAACGCCUGCCUCAGGAAGAAUGCACACAGAUAAAAGGAGUCACUCUUGCAGAGAUAUCACUGACAUGCAAAGCUGGGAAGAACACACCAGGGCCCAGCCUGAAGAAUGCAGUCCCUCUGCACAUCAGCAAGCUGGCUGGGGGACUUCAGAAACCGAGAGCGACCUCACCUAUGGGGAAGUGGAGCAAAGAUUGGAUUUGCUCCAAGAGCAGCUUAACAGACUUGAAUCCCAAAUGACAGCAGACAUCCAGACCAUCUUACAUCUAUUGCAGAAGCAAACCACGGUCGUCCCCCCAGCCUACAGCAUGGUAACUGCAGGAGCAGAGUAUCAGAGACCCAUCCUCCGUCUGAUGAGACCCAGUCAUCCCACAGCAUCCAUCAAGACUGACCGGAGUUUCAGCCCCUCCUCACAAUGUCCUGAAUUUCUAGACCUUGAAAAAUCUAAACUUAAAUCCAAAGAAUCCCUCUCAAGUGGGGUGCAUUUGAACACAGCUUCAGAAGACAACUUGACUUCACUUUUAAAACAAGACAGUGAUGUUUCUUUAGAGCUUCACCUGCGACAAAGAAAAACUUACCUUCAUCCAGUUAGGCAUCCCUCCUUGCCAGAUUCUUCCCUAAGCACUGUAGGAAUCUUGAGUCUUCAUAGGCAUGUUUCUGAUCCUGGUCUUCCAGGGAAAUAAUCAUUUUGUACUAUUUAUUCCAUGUAAAAUGUAAGUGCUUUUAAUGGCUGUUUUCCUUUUUGUAUUUAAAUUCUCUCUACUCGACUCAGGGGCUCACAAGUUACCAUUAUAUGCAAAAGUACUGUAUAUUUUCCUAAAUUGAAGCUUGUAAGGUAAAAUUGAGCAGUUAUGAUGUAAAUAUACAUAAGGACUUUUGGUUCCAAAUGUUAAAACUGCCAGCAUCUCUAGGCACCUUACUUUUUGUUUUUUUAUUUUCUAAAUCAUGUGCAUGUUAGGAAACUCCAGUUUCUCUUGCAUGGAGACUCCUAUUUAUUGCUUUUACUAAACAAGUACUUUGCUAUAAAGAUGCCUUCCAAGAAAAUAAGAAACCAAGGGAUAAAACUAUUCAAUUCAGAUGAUCAAUUUGUGGAAGUUCAAGGGGGUAAGGAAACUUAUUCUUGAGAAUAGAUAUCCUUCUGUAUUGAAAUUUUUAUAGCCAGUUACAUUCAUUUCCCCACACUGAGAAAAAGCAGUCUGAGAUUUAUAAAUAUAGUACAGGAAGUACAGGACAGUAUAUAGGAAGCCAUAUCCAAAUAUACUGAAGGGGAGAAAAUAUAAUUUUUCCUUAAUCAUUAAUAUUUUAGAGGGAAACCCUCUCAAAAACAGACCAACAAGUGAAAUACAAGCAAGUUUGUUAAUGAUUGCAGUGUACUCUGAGAGAGAAACUUCAGUUCUAAUGUAACUCAAGGAAGAGGCUUGCUAUCUCAGCUUACAUAAGACUUUGGGCAAAGAGCAAUGUAUUUUAGAAAAGUGACAGGACAAAGAAGAAAUCAUGCCGGGCUUCCAAAUGUGGGAAAACUGUGGGAAGGCAUAAGAUCUGCUCCCAGAUUUCUCUAGGCCUGCAGUGUCUCAUCUGAAAAGCAAUCUGUUGCAAAGGAGAAUUUACAUCCUGUCUUUAGGCAGAAAAGUGGGAGGAAUAUACAAAGGCUUUCUGUCUUUGUGAAUCUUUGUCCUGCUUUUAGGAAAACACACUGAGAAGGCUAGAAGCUUUGCUGCACUUUUAUUGUCUUCAGCUAAACAAUCCUUCAUAUAUUGCGGAGAAAUAUUUUGGUUUCCUUCAACACGAAUACAGGCGAACAUUAUCAGAGUAAAAGGGUCUUUCUGCUUAAAAUUUUGUCAAUAAUUGUGUUCACAAACCAUCUAAAAAAUUUUACAUAGGUACAUUUCCUCAAAGGCUAAACAACAAUGUUCUCUCAUUUUGCUUUGUGUGUGUGAAGUUCUCCUAAGGAAUUAUUAAAAUGUAAGACACAUACUGAUACCCAUAGCUUCCUUCCUAUCCAUAUUUUGGAACAAUCUUGAAUUUUAUUAAAAUACAGACAGACACGGUUUUCAAUGAAUAUGUAAUUUUCAAGGAUUUGCAUGGCAAAAGCAUCUUUCAUUAAGUAUACGUUUUACUGCAGCUUUCUAAUCCAAGAUGCAGAAAGGCAAUGUGCAUUUACCAACCUAGAAAGAAAACACACACACACCAGGAGUAAAAUUUCAAUUUUGUUUGGUUAUUCAGACACUUUUACAGAUUGAAAAUCAAGUCAAAUUCUACUAUAUGUGGACAAGACAAUAUAUAUUGGCCACAGAAUAUCAGAAUAUAUUUAAUAUGUUCAACUGUUAGGUUUGAGGAGGCAUUAAAUCAGUGUAUAGAAAAUAUUAAAAGUUAAAAAUUUUGAUCAGUCAAGUUCUACUUAAGAAAUUUUAUUUUUCAAGUCUAAUUUUAAAAUUAUUACAGAUUCAUUACAUUUCUGAACAAAUUUUUGAAAUUCAUUGAAAGUUUCUUAGUUCUUUACUAAUUCUUACUCUUACUUAUAGCUUUAAAGAAGUAUACCUCCAAAUUACCAUACGGGUUAAUUUCAUCUCUCUACAUGACAAAAAUAUGAUCUAUUGAUUUGACAUCACCUUUGACACAAACAUAUUCGUAAAGGUCAAAUGCAAGAGAUUUAAAUUUACACACACACACAAAAAAACUAUUGCAUUAUUUAAAAUGUGAUUAAAGGGACCUUAAAUUGCUCUCAGUGUAUUUUAAAUGGUCACAGAAAUUGUAUAGGAGACAAUGUGUAGGCAUAAGCAUAUUCUUACCUCUAAUUUUUUUUAAAAGUCAUCAAAUACGGGGAAUGAAACAGUCAAUUCAAUGAAACUAUAACAAUUAAAACCAGCUUCCCAAACCAUUUGGGCUGAUACAUAUACAAACUGAGGAAGUAACUGCCACUUCCAAACCUUCAUUCAACACUGGAUGCCUAGCAGGGGAGAGUCACAUAAAUGGCUUUGAUUUUGAGGUCCAUUUAGGGAUUGCAUUUCCAUACUGGGGCACACUUUUGCAGCUGCAACAAAUUUCAUAAGGAUCGUCUGCCUCAACUCCACACACAUUCAGAAUGAAUUCACCAGACUCCUUUGUAGGGAGAGAGAAUUUGGCAGGUGAGGAAUUGAGAUCUGCUUGUUUGAUUAGUGAAUGAUUCAGCUGCAACAUUUAGUAUGACACGCAUAAAAUUCAGCCUUCCACAUAAAACCUGUUUAUUUAUGAAAGCCUGCAUAAUGGGAAGAUGGGAAUAGUACAUAAGCAUUCAACUUGUUUAAAUUCUAGUAUAACACAAACUUUUGUUGUUGUUGUUCCUUGACAUAAAAUUUUUGGUUGAUAUUAAAAUUUUAGGUCUCAGAAAGUUGGACAGGAUUAUGAAGGUCCUUUCCUACAGAAUACUAGCUUAAAAAGAUCCAAGCAAGACAGAUGUGGUUAGUCUGGCAUAAGUAAAUGUCAGAAGGCUUAAUGGUUAAAGUGACUUAGAGAUGACCAAAGCAAAUACCUUGCUGUACAAAAUGCAUCCCCUGACCCCAGUCAAAGGUCAGCUUCCUAAAAGCAACAUCACCCUCCCCAUCAGCCAAAAAGUGCAAUCUGACACCUCUUUCCGGGUCCUGCCAUAGGCCAGGUCUCACUGUUACAUCCACUCAAAAUAAUAACAUAGCAACUACUUUCCUUCAGUCAGAAGCACUGGUAUAAUAACCCUUUUGCUUUCCACCUAAAAAUAGUGUUAUCUGGCUACCUAGCCCAAAUCAAAUGCCAUCUAAAACUAAAAUUUGUGCAGAUCAGAUGCCUUCCUACAGAACAGAAAGCUGAAGUUUGACCAAUUAUGUUACCUCAUGAGUAGUCCUAUACUUUAGCUGAUAAGAAAAUAAUGAAUAAGAAAAUGUUGAAGCAGUGUUUCAAGGAUGUUUUAAUUUAAUAAUCACUAAUUCAACAAAUAAGGGAAAAUAGGGGCAGCAAAUUUGGCACAGCAUAAUUUGUUAAGGCCAUUUUUAUGGUUUGGUCUUCAGAACUGAACUUUCCUACUCUUCUUGUCAGGGUGUAUGGAAAUCAAGUCAGGGUAUAGUAGCAUUAGGAGUCAGGCUUUGCAUUUUAUUUCAUUUAUUAUUUUUUGUAGUUUUGCUUUAGGCAUGGGCUCUACACCUGAACUACUGAGUGGGGAGAAUUAGGUUUAGUCUGUGUGUGUGUGUGUGUGUGUGUGUGUGUGUGUGUGUGUGUGUAUCAGAAUUCCUUGCAAGCUCCUUUUGGAGGUUGGUCUUCAGCAAUUGUUUCAAAACUCCUAGAAAAAAACAUUCUCACACAAAUGUCAUUUUUAAAACUUCAUCAAUACAGUAGUAGAUCAUGAUAAAAUUAUCUCAUCAGCAUAUUUAAAAUAAUAAUUAACAACAGCAUCUUUCCUCCUUUUUUUCAUGGUUUGAGAAAAGGAAUUCAGUGGAUUGAUCAGUUGUUAGAGAGAUGAAUUAUAACACUAACAUAAUUUAACAUAGUGCAGUCUUUAAAUUGCUUAUCCAUGAAUAAAUCCAAAAGUAGAUCGACAUUAGAUUUCUUACAAAUCAAAAACUGUGUAAUUAUAAAUAAAUCAAGUAUUAUCAGGUUCCUAGUCACACUUUUUUGCAGUAAAACAAAUAUGUCUACCAUCUGACUUCUAAGAGGAACUUCAAAGACAGGAUUAUGUAGGACAGUCAUCCUCAAAGUGUGGCUCUUAAAUUAACAGUGCUAGCAUCAUGCAGGAAUUGUUCUAAACACAGAUUCUUAUCCAGUGCCCUAAAUCUAUAGUGUAUCAGAAGCUGUGGGGUUGGGACUAGCACACAUCUUUUAACAAGCUUCCCCAAAGUAUCCUUCUGUACAUGAAAACCUUGAUAGCAGCAGGUAGAAGGGCCAAGAGUCUCUGAAGUCAGACCGACAUCAUCCCAAUAGUACUCCUAUCAUUAAUCUGCUUAGUGACUGAGUGACUAACCUCCCAAAUCUGUUUUCCUGAAUCUAUAAAGAUGGGAUAGUGGUACCUGGCUCAUAAAAGAUUGAAGAAGAAAUGAGAUAAAAUAUAGUGAACUGCCUAGCACAUAGUAGGUGCUCAAAAGUCAGACGGUUUCUCAUUCUGAAAGUUGACAAUGUAAACAAUCAGGAAAAUGCAUAUCUAGAGUUUUUGCACAAUGUGUGGUCUUCAAUUGAAUAGCAGAUAAAGUCUUUGACUCAGAAAAUAUAAGUGUAUUUAUCUUAUCUCUAUUAAUUUUAAUUUGUACUAUAGGAAGUCCCCAACUUAUAAAAUUUGAGUUGCAAACCUUCACAGAUACGAAUGGACCUCACAUUCAUUUGUAGAAGUGAACAAAUUGCAGAAGUAGCUUGUGUGUGUGCCAGACACUGUCACAGUUGUGCUGCUGUGUGAUUACUGUGCAGUGUUACAGUAGUACAGUAUAGCCAGGGACUUACUGUAUUUUUUAACACUUCAUCUUGUGUAUUUAUGUCAAAGAUGGACACUGUCGAACUUACAAAUUUGACUUAUGAACAGAACUCAUUUGUAAGUCAGGGACUAUUAGGUUUAUGGCUUUAAAGUGAUACUAAGUAGAAUAAUAAUAAUGAAAGUAUGAAUCUCAGUGUAAAAAUCAAAUCUACUCUGAAUCGAUGUUAAGAACCAUAUAUACAAAGGUGGUGUGUCCAUUUCAGUACUAUUAGAAUGUAUUUUAUAAAUGCUGGUACACUGUGGAAGUUCCUUUUUACACAUGAUAUAAUUCCCAGAGGGACAUUUGAAAAGAUAUACACAGAAUACAAUUUUGGCUGGGGAGUUAGCUCAGUGGUUCCACCACCUGCCUCACAAGUGCAAGGUCCCUGGUACCAAAAAAAAGGAAAAUAAAAUACAAGUUUGAAAGUAAGCACACUAUUUUCACACACACAUCCACACAAAAAUAGAAUUUUACAGAUACAAAUGGCUUUUUUCAGUCACCUAUACCCACUCUGUCAUU